AUGCAGACGUACAUAGAGGUAACUGGGUCGGACACCGAGCAAUUGGGCACUUGUCUCUCAAUGCGUGAAUUGGGCAUGUUCUUCGGUUCCCUGAUGGGUGCCUUCCUGGCUGACCGCUUUGUGAAGAGGCGGCACUUCGUUGUGGCCGGCAGUCUAAUACUUGGAGCAACUACAAUCGGUGCUGUACCAUGGUGCAGAACCGUAGCCUCCCUCUCUGCCACCUUUUUCUUCUCCGGCUACGCUCAUGGCGCUAUGACUGCAAUUUUAUCGAUGGUUCAAGGUGAAUCGGCAAAUUUUAGGCCUCCGCUGGAGGUGAUAGCGGAUAAGGUACAAAGUUUGCUUCGUUCAAGGUUAAUAACUCUAUACUAUAUCGGCACCUUAAUCUUUAAUUUUACCGUUGUCUUGAACUUCACUGCGCUUGCUAACACAGGUGGGAACCCGCUAUUGAAUUCGAUUUGGCUGGAGAAGUCGGGUGGACCCUUCAACUUCAUGCAUUCGGGCUACGGUGUGGGUGCCGCUGUGGCCCCUGGUCUCUUGGCGCCCUUCACUUUCGCUAUGGAGAAAACCCUUGCCAACGGUACGGUAGUACAGAAUAAAAUAAUCAGUCUCACCGUGCCUUACUUCAUCGUUGGCGGCCUCUGCUGUGUCUGUGCCUGUCUCUUCUGCUGCUUCAGCUUGUGCAAAUCAGCCAAAGAGGAUUUAAACUGUGGUGUCGAUGAUUUUGUAUUGUUGUUGAGGCGAUUCUUUCGGUUGCUUACAAUGAUGAUAUUUAUAAAGGAGACCUCCGAAUCAACCACAGCGAAGAGCGAGGAUAGUGAUUCUUCUGAGGAGUUCAAGGAUACCAAGGCAGAAGCUAAAAAGUCUGCUCUAUUGCAAGCAUUGGCAGCUCAACAGAGGGUACUACUUUAUAUAAUAGUGCCACUCUUCCUACUCUAUGCGGCUCUGGUGGGUAAUGAGCGUGUUUUCUCCAAGUAUCUCUUCGUCUUUGCCAAUGAGGGUCCUGCUCACUUGCCAGAGAGCGAUUGCUUUCUUCUCAACAGUGUCUACUGGAUCGUUUUUGCCCUUGCUCGAGUUAUCACGGUGCCCGUCAGCUUAGUUGUCCCUCUACCCAUUCUCUUCGCCAUUCAGCUGAUAGGUGCGUGGGCAAUGGCUCUGGGACUCUACCUUGCGCCUGCCAACCGCACGAUCUAUCUGGCCUUCACGGCUUGUUUCGGCCUGUUCAAGAGUCCCCUCUUCCCUACAGGCCUUGGAGUGGUUAGCCUUGCCACACCAGUCACAGGGAUUAUCAUAUUCUUUGUCAACCUCGGCAGUUCCGUGGGUGCAAGCGUGCUCCAGGCUGUCGGAGGUAUGGUGCUCAAUCGUCAGGGUAGACAAGCCUUUCCUCUCUUGGUAAUGAUCUCGGCCCUCACACUUGUUUUCAUUGGCGCUGGACUCAUCUCUGCUACCUAUUUUUACCGUAAACGGCACCAUCCGAAUUUGACACCAUCUACCAACCUCUCCAUAUAG